AUGCCUGAUCUUCGAUCAUACACAGUGGGUGUCAGAUUCAUUGAAGAUAGCUCCGAAGAAUUCAGUGCAUGGCAGUUGCUUUGCUGUAGUGGUAAACUGAUCAAAAUUAGGAAAGAUGACUGCAUUAAUACCAAAUUUCUCAAUGAGCACCAUCGAUCGUCAACAUUCUUUACUGGUACACAAAUCAUACGCAAAUGGCAAGCAGUGCUCGAUGACAAUGAUUUGCGGUGGUGGCUCCAACUAUGUCCCGUAGAUGUUCAGGGUAAGAAUAGCAUACAAUAUAGCGCUUCUUCACGAACUCGGCGUCAAAUUCCAUGGCAAUGGACUCGUAACCGUUUUGAUUCUGCUAGAGUUGAUCCGAUGUUCAUAAAACAUGAUCGUCUGGAUAAUAUACAUUCAAGAUUUUUUGGUAGCAUGAAUCAUGUACAAACAUUUUUCAAAACUCCAAAUCCUCAAUUCGGAAAUGAACAAAAAACAGCUCGAAAUCCAAAGAAGGCAAUCGUAAAUGCAAAUAUGAAGACAGCAUUUGUAACGGAGAAGGUACUACCACAAUCAUCAACAUCAAAAUCUUUAUCGAACACUACCGCAUCCUUCGCUAAAUCUACAACUUUCUCAAUGGUAAAAGAAGAUGUCGCUAUUGAUUACUAUGAUGUUUACGAUGAAAAUUUUGAUAAAUCAAAACAUGAAAGCAGACAGGGAAUAUUAGGAGGUGUAUCCGAUCUCUUGCAAAAUAUUCAGGAUGGAUUAUCAAUAGCACAAGCAGCUUUACCAUCUCAUGAAAAACAAAUUUAUGAAACUACAACGACCACCGAUGGACCAGCUUUUCUGUUGAGUCGAGAUGAAGAUUCGCUAACAAUCGGCAUGCAACAUAAUACUGAAAACGAUGCUAGUAAUUCGAGGCUCAAACUUCGACGAUUCGGACCAAAACCAUCUCGACCAAAUGCAUUGCAGCCAGUGUCGACAUCAUUCGAAUUAGGCACUCCGGGGGCAAUUCAGCAAAUGUUUCAGUUUUUUGGUCUGUGUAAGAGCCAUGAAUUAUAA